AUGUUCGAGAGUAACACACUUCCGCCCAUCGCCCACCUUACCGGUGAAAUGAGAAGCUCGUCGCCGUACCUGCAGCUGCCCCCGGCAGCAGACCGCCCCGACCCGAUCCGCGGCCAUCACCCAAGCCAAAGCCAAGGUCAGCACCUACCACACGUCCAGCACCCGCACCAAAGCCAGUCCACGCACUACUGGAGCGAGCGGGGCGAGUGGUAUCAAUACCCUCGCCCGCCCCCUCUCGUCGCUACCCAGUCGCACGGCAGCCACCCGCGCACCAAAAACGCUCACCGCUCCCACCCCGGUCCGCACCCCUACCAGCGCACACAGUCCAUGGCCUCUGGUGUAGGCGCAGGUGGGAGCAUGGCCGCGCAUAUGGGCUCCGAUGUUGGACACCUACGCCCUCCCUCGCACCCAAACUCUCGCCAUUACGCGCACCCGUCCGCGUCUGGGCAUUCCGCUGGGCAUACCGCCGGCCUCCCCUCUCCCGCCUACACGACUCACAGUGGGGAGCGCCACAUUCCUCUGCCCAUCCACCCUUCGGCAAGAUACGCCCCAGGGCGGGGCACGCAUUCCGCCCCCACCUCCACCCCCGCCUCCACCCCUGCUUCCGCAUCGGCGUCUGCCUCCGCUGCCCAGUCGAGACCCACCUCGGGCAACGCGACGCCACAGCCACAGCGUGUCGACCCAGCUCUGCAGAGCGGCGACGAUCACUCGAGUGACAGUGACUCGAGCGAUGACGAAGACGAGUGGACGCCGGUGGCGAAGCGCCGUGCACCGGCUCCGCGCACGCGUGCAUCAGCGCGCCUAGCGGUCAAGCGCGAGAGAGACGACAGCGAGCUCCGCGAGGUCGAGGACGAAGAGGAGGGGCCGAGCGCUAGCACCUCCCCAAUAAUCGACGGCAAGCCUAAGAAGCGGACGUACGUGCGCCGUGACGCCCAGCGCCGCAAAGAGCAGAACGCGCAGGCGCAAAAGAAGUUCCGGUGGAAGAAGAAGGUCCUACAAGAGCAGAUGCGUGCCGACCUCGACGAGCAGCGUGCACUAGUCGAGGAGCUGCGGGAGAAGUGCGCCGCGCUCGAAGACUUGCUAGGCGAGCACGAGGUUGCGCUAGCCGCUGCACAAGAGGACAACGCUCGCCUGGCCGCGCGCCUGGAGGGGUGUGCUUGUGAGUAGGAUGUGAACCUGGUAUCUGUGACCAGGAAGUGUUGUUCCGUAGCGGUUGUAUGUGGCAUGAUAAUAUGCAGCAUGAUACUC